GUCCGAUUUAGAAUAAGAAGCCACUGAUCAAAACGCCAUAGUAAAGAAACACCAAAAAAAAACGUUUGAUACGUUUAUAAAAAAAAGUUAACAACAUCACAAAGCUUAUCUUUGUUGACUGUAGUUUUUCAUUCCCAAUCCAGAUGUAUAUAUCUGUGGUGGCUGAAGAUUAUUGCAAUAAGCUACCUUCGGCUCAACUGUGGUUGAAUUAUCAGCCUAUGAUAAUAACUGAGUAUAAGAAGCUGUUGAUCUCUCUUUGAUCCCAAUGCACUUGCCAAUUUUCAACACAAUUAUCAAGAUCUCAUCAUGUCCAGAGAGGUCAAGACAGAAGUCAGCCAUAAUCUUGAAUCAAUCCAUGACUCACUCGAUCUAGAAGAUGCCAUUCCCACCACCAUUCCUUUCAAAAAAUCACUGAAGCUGUUCUUCUCCACCAAGUCUCCAGAGAAGGAACCACGCUCAAAGUUCUUCUUCUGGUCACCUCCAGGCCAAACCAAGUUCGAAAAGAAGCUGGUGUUCAAGCUGGACACCGCCAUUCUGAGCUACGUGUGUCUCUCGUACUUCAUCCGGUACCUGGACGCCACCAACAUUGCCAGCGCAUACGUGACUGGGAUGAAAGAGGACCUCAGCAUCACUGGGGAGCAGUAUGUUUGGCUGGGUCAAUUGUUUUCCAGUGCCUAUUGCUUCUCGGGUUUUUUCGCCACCAUCGUCCUCACCAGGGUCAGGUUUUCGCGAAUGCUGCCUGUGCUCGAGAUCUUUUGGGGCAUAAUGACUCUGGCCAUCUACAAGAGUGAGAACUUCAAGACCGUUGCUGUGCUCAGGUUCUUCCAGGGUCUGGCCGAAGGUGCUGCCUGGCCCUCUAUUCAUUACAUACUGGGGAGCUGGUACACCAAGCGUGAGCUGGGGAAAAGAGUGUCCAUCUUCACUGCGAGUGGUAUUGCUGGGGUCUUAUUGUCUGGGUUGAUUCAAUCAGGUUUACAAAGAAAUUUGAAUGGACGUCAUGGUUUAGCAGGUUGGAGAUGGCUUUUCAUUGUGGAUGCUUGCUUAACUUUUCCUGUGGCCUUUCUUGGGUUCUUUAUAUUCCCAGAUUCUCCUGAAAAUGCAAAAGUGAAAUUUUAUCUUUCUGAGGAGGAAAUUCAAUUUGCAAAAAAUCGUAUCAAAGUCAAUGGUAAAGAUAGAGUUGAUAAUUUGGAUUUUUCAACUUUUAAGAGAGUGUUUACGGGCUAUCAAUGGUAUUUAUUUGUUCUAUGCUGGAUCUUUUGGGGGUUUGCAGGUCAACUUUCAAAUUAUAUGGGGAUUGUCUUGAAGGCUUUGGGCUAUAACGUUUACGACAGAAAUAAUAUUCCAAGUGGUAUUAGUGGUGUUGGUAUUGUUUUGGCUAUUGCAACAGGUUUUGCAGUUGAUAUCAUUGGAGCAAGAAUCCAUGUGGCACUUUCUUUGACCACUAUCUGGAUUGUUGGACUUGCAAUAAUAAAAGCCUGGGAUGUUCCUCGCGGUGCUUUAAUUUUUGGCUAUAUGUGUCUUGGUGCUUAUACAGCUGUCAGUCCAGUUAUUGUUGGUUGGUGUAAUGAAUUAUGCAAAGAAGAUAACCAACUUAGAGCUGCCACUAUAGGUUCCUUAAAUUUAUUCUCUGGUUUGUUGGGAAUUCCGUUCAGUAUUGAGCUCUUGAACACAGAUUAUGCUCCAAAAUAUACCAGAGCUGUUACAGCUAGUUUGAUCCUGGCUGUCAUGCUAUUUUUCUACUUUUUCCUUGUGCUUGCUUUCGAUAGAUAUCAGGGUAGAAAGAGAGAUUACAUUAAGUCUACUACUAGCUCUGAUGCGAAGUCGGCAGCUUGAUGGUAAUUAAUUGAUAUGAUAUUAAUAUAAUUUGAAAACUAUUCUACCAGAUAAUCAAAUUAUAAAUUUGGGUGCUCUAAUGACGUACUAGCGCUUAAUUUCG